GACUUUAUAAAGUUUACGAAACUUGCCUUGGUUGGAAACACUUGUACUGUGAGUUGAGAUAUAAAGCUCUCGCAAAAUCAACUCUUUUCCGACCGUUUCAGCGAAUCAGAACUGGAUAACAAUCUGCAAGUUCGUCAAAGCUUGGAGACAUGCCGGUGUCAACGACCCCACCACAGGACUUUCCUCCGACAACCAUUCAACACAUCCAAAACUGUUCUUUUUCAUCCUGGUAUGAUACAUUUGCGGCCUGUACGUUGAAGAGCCGAAUCAUACCCCUGGAGGAAGAGUUUAUAGAAUAUUUAAAUGCGGACGGAGUAUUUUUGCCUCGUGGGGAGGACGCUGCCGAGGAAGACCAUUGGGGGGGAAGUGGAGACGAGAGCGGGGGAGAAGAGGAGAUUGGGGACGAUAGAAGUCCAUCAUUUCCAGAAUUGCAAAGAAGAAUUGAACAAGAUAUUGAAGAUUUGGGUGGGGCUGUUUUCCCAAAGCUUAACUGGAGUUCACCAAAGGACGCAGCGUGGAUAACAACAGGCACAACUUUGAAAUCCACCACCCCGUCCGAAAUCUUCCUUCUUCUGAAAUCUAGCGAUUUCGUUGCCCACGAUCUGGGACAUGCAUUUGAAAAGUGUGAAAAUGGACCCACGCGACCGGAGAAGUUUGAGCUGGUUCUUAAAAAAUGGUACGACUUGCUGCCGUCAAUGGAGUUCAGAUGUUUUGUUAAGGAUGGGGAGCUAGUAGGAAUCAGCCAAAGAGACGUUGUCAACUAUUAUGAUUUUUUGUCGGAAGCGAGGGAGGAUCUGGAAGACUCCAUUAUAGAAUUCUUUGAAGAGAAAAUCAAAGGACGGUUUCCUGAUCCGGACUAUGUAUUUGAUGUCUAUAUCAAUCAGCGCAAUCGAAAAGUAUGGCUAUUAGACUUCAAUCCUUUCAGCCUCACAACAGAUUCACUGCUCUUUCAAUGGCAAGAGAUCCUUCGGCAUCCAACAUCACAGCCCCCUAUAUUCCGCAUCAUCGAAUCCCAAGCAAACGCAACCCAGAGUCCGUAUCCGGCGUAUACGACCAGUCGCUUGCCCCGUGAGGCAAUAGAUUUGUCCAGUGGGGCAUCCAUUGAGGAAUUCGCCGAGAAUUUUAGGAGAAGACUUUACGACGCCGUUACAGAAGACUGAUGGCCGGUUGAAGUUGAAGAGGAUCAUCGAACAUGAUGUCGUGAUAAUGCAAUAAGAACUAAAAUAAAUACUGUACAUGGAGGAGAAGGACUGCAUCCUUCCUAUUUUCAAGCGUCAUCAUCCUCUUCAUCCUCUUCCUCAUCAUCAAAGUCAUCAAAAUCGCUCCAACCUCCGUCCUCAUUCUUUUCCGCGGCCAAAACGACUUUUUGCGCCCCCUCAUCAUCUCCGCGUGCGACUCGUCUCAAAUAAGAUCGUCGUUGGCGUUCAGACAUGGAGGCAAGCAGACGUUCUUGAUCUUGUUCUUCGCGUAGGAUAUCUGCGGGUGUUCUUAUAUCGGGACUAUUUAUGUAUACCGUAAGAGCUCUCAACAUAUGGGAGUAUGAGAGAGAUCUGACUUGGAAACUUACGUCACGACAUCUGUGCUUUCUUGACAUUUUGCGCAUACAUUCUUUUCCUCGGCGCAUGAUUUGCAGAGGACGUGGUAGGCGUCUGUUACUUUCUUUUGUUU